AUGCGCUCCGCUCUUAUUGCGCCCGCCUUGUGGCUGGGUGUGACCACAGUCUUUCCUGGUGCUUCUGCGCAGGAGGAAACGUCCACCACCGCUACAGUUGCGGACGCAGGUACUACAGAUUGGCCGUGGCCAGCUGAGCCCUACCCAGGUGCUAGCAUUUGGCUUGACUGGAUCAGCUCUGCCAGCAGCUUGAGUACCACGACCUCCUCCGCAACUGCUACUUCCUUCGCCGACGAUGUCGCCAGCACGACCUUGUCGACAACUGCUGUUUUGACCACCACCACAAUGGAUGUCGAUUCAACUUCUUCGGAUGUAUCUACUUCGUCCACUGAGACCAUUUCCGAUACUGUAACAACAUCUCCCGGUAUUUUGACCUCAACUUCCGAAAGAGCAGCUGAUCCGACCGCAACAUCAUCUAGCUCUACCGGAGAAUCGGCAACAUCAUCCACCUGGUCCUGGGCCUGGACAACCACCACGGGAAACUUGGAGACCACGGCCACAACCUCAGCAGGAGAAGGCCCGGACACCACCUCCUCCUCAUCCAACACGGUGACGACAUCGGACACGGCCACUACCACGACGUCAAGUAACAAUCCAAGGCCCACUACUUGCCCGUACGCCGGCUUGUCCCUUCUCAGUGGCACAGAUUCAUGUGUCAGGUACAACUUCAUCUGCGACAAGACCUAUGAUGAGAGCAGCUUCCGCGGUGCCUGGAUCACGAGGGACACUCCGGAGCUAUGCGCUCGCCGUUGUGACACCGUUAACGCUAGUCAAGGUGCUGGGACAUGUGUGGGGGUUGUCUUCAACACUACGACCGAUACGGAUAACUGCAGAGUCCUCAGGAACCUCAACAACCCCAUCACCAGCUCCGACACCAUUGCCCUGCUCAUUCAGAGAGAUCCAAAUUGUGGCAGAGUGGUUAGCUCCGCGACUGUCUCGGAUGAAGCGUCUCCUACUACGUUGACAUCGUCUCUCACAACCUCGACUGGGUCCGUCACCACACACGCGUCUAGGCCCACGUCUUCAUCUGGUGCUUCAACCUCUUACUCCGAUGCACCUAUUUCGGCUGGUGAGACCUCGAGCUCUAUCUCCGAGCUGACUACUGCUACAACCACUUCCGGAUCCACAAUCACGGGGGUUCCAGCCUCAGCCACUUGGACUACACGUACACGCAACCCCUGGAGCGAUUGGACCAGCGGCUCGUGGAGCAGCCAAUCCAGACGGUGGUCAGCUACUUCCAGCGGAAACUUCACGUUCGCCACUGCACGCCCCACCGUGAGCAGCUCGGGCGCUACUCCACCCCUCGCAACUACAUCGGUUCCAUUCCGAUUGAAUGAAACCUUGACGACCUCUGCCACAGUCUCUACCUCUGUUUCAGGUGCCUCCACCUAUACCGGGGCCAGCAGUACAACCAGUGCAACCGGCGCGUCAAACGCGACCGUGACGUCCAGCACCCUGGGAUCUCCCAUCUCGGCUACUAGCUCCUGGUCCUGGUCCAACUCUACCAGCACCAUCAAUGCUCCCAAUACUACGUCGCAUUCCAACUCUUCUUCCACCGUUGCCGCAAUUACAACGUCGUACACCAGCACCACACGCUCUGCAGCCGCAACAUCCACGACAAGCAACACAUGCCCGGCGUCGACCACCACUUUCAUUAUCACAGUCUCUGGAGCCCCCGCAAGUGUCACCGGCCCAAUCGUCACUGUCACUGGUACUGUUACCGAAACCACUACGAGAACAAGAACAACGAGGACCACGACUGUUGAGACAAUCACUUCGACAUCCACCGUGUCCGCGACUUCCAGCGUGACCGUCUUUGUGACUACAACUCACACCCUUGGUCAGCGCUGGGGACGGUGGCACUGGUAG